CUAAUCGUGCACCAUCAGCGCAGGAGCUUAAUGAAGUCGGUUUAAGAUGCAGCAGACGAGUCCUCGGUGCCUUCGAAUUCGAUAAAGACUCUUGUACCACAAUCAAAGAAUGCCACUACAAGAGUCGGUAAUAUAGAGAAAAGAACUGGGUGUACUUACUUAAUGGCCAUACGUCGGCACUAGAACUAGAUAAAGCUAUAACACGGACCCGGACUCCCACACCUCCUAACGGUUGCCCCACUGCUCGUGGAGAUUUUCAUCAUUUCAUUACACAUUUCAUUGGACAUUCAUACACGCUGGACAUUCUUACACAUUGGCAUUUUAGUUAAAUCUUACUCAGACUACAUCGUCGUGAUGAUUCUCGUCCUUCAGGAACAUCAUUUUUAUUCCAAAAAAAAUAUACUGUUAUUUGAGCAACAAAAUGAACCACGAGGACUUGCUUCAUCAAGUAAGCGAGCAACAGGAGGACGUCUGUGUUUUUGACUAUGGGCAGAAAUGGUCGAUCCGAAGACCACCGUUUUCCGAGAAUUACGUGGUCUCAACAGAUCUCCCACAAUGGAUAAGGACUCACGGCAAGAACGCUACAUCAUUUAAGGCGGGCAGCUACAAGACGAAAUCCAUGCGUCCUGAUCUUACAGGCAUCUUCUAGUACUUACAAGAUGCGACUGUAGGUGUAGAUGGAUUAUUCUUAGUUCUAAGUCAUCGAGCCAUCCUUUAUUGGUUUUCCGCCAGCCUGUCCGCAACGUCCACGUAACUUUGGAAGACGCUAGCCAGAGUCCUAAGCACCAUCAUUUUAACAAGAUUCUAUGGGACGCCUUUUUCGAUGGAACGCAGAGGAUUGACAUGGAAGAUAUUAGGAGUCUUCGUGGAGGAGGUGGCGGUAGCGAUAGCGGAACAGGAGGUUCACGUGCAAUGUCCUCAUCAUCAGGAUUUUCAGUAGUAACAUCCGACCAAGAACCGAGAGGGUUGCUUUCGUACUCUGCAGCUAGGCGAGGAAAAACUACAGGCACGACAGGGUCGAUUCCCCCUCACAUCCCAAAUGAGCUGAUUUCCAGUGAAGCUCGUGCGACACUGAAGUUACACGUAACUGCUGAUGGCGAGUACAUUGGCAAAACGUACGACGAAGGCAUAGGGUUUGGCCCUAAAAGGUCGCAGGAUGUUGAUGAAGAAUUAUUUUUUGAUGUUUUGUGGUCGCCUAGAGUUCCGUGUCCGGGAUUGGCGAGACAUCCGUUGACGGGAGUCACACCCUUGGGUGGAGAGCCAAAUUCGAGAGUUUCGAUGUUUUUGGAAGUGGAUUGAUUAAGAACUACUGGCUUAGGGAUGAAUCUAUCGCUACUACUUCUAAACCUG